AUGAUGAGAUCCGGCGCCAACCUGACACGUUUACUUGUCUGUUUUCUCCAACUAGGUAACUCUCACCAGCGGGGCAUCACCCCAGCCGGGAGGAGCUCUAAGCUCCCGAACCGUCUCCUCUCAUGCGUGGUAGUUCUGUGUACAGAAAGGAAAGAUCCCGCGCGGUCUCUAGUUUGCAACGGGAGCGUUUGUGGCAGGCCGGCCAGCAUGGCGCGGCUGGCGGGCAGCGCGGACGCGCGGGGCACCGACUACGAGGUGAAGAUGGCGGCGCUGCUGGCGCUGCGCAUGCGGCGGGCGGGCGCGCGCUUCCAGCUCUUCUCCAACGCCGCCGCCGCGCGCCCCUUCGACGACCUGGUGCUGCGCGUGGCGCGGCCCGCGCCGGCGCUGCUCGCCCUGCAGCUCAAGCACAAGGACCCCGCCAGGCAGCUCUCCGCGCAGACGCAGAGUCGCGAAACCGCCGCCAUUUAA